AUGUCCAAGCCCAUCACAGAGUCCCCUGCUUCAGUCAACUCACUCUCGCUAGUUACAAUCAGCACAACCAUGGCGGCAGAAAACUAUCAGAGUACCUUUCGGCGAUUUAACUCGCCUUUUUGGCAAGUCGUUCUUGUCAGUCUGGUUGCCUUUGGAUGCCCGGGAAUAUACAACGCACUGACGGGAGUUGGUGGAGGCGGCCAGCUGAAUAGCACCACGCAAGCGAAAUCCCACAUUGCAUUGGCUUCCGUCAGCGCCUUUGGCAAUCUGUUCAUCGCUCCCGUCGUCACCAACCAGAUUGGACCGAAAUGGACACUGUUCCUUGGAGGCACAACUUACGUUCUCUAUGCUGGUUCGCUUCUUGCCUACAGCCACAUAAAGAAUGAAGCCUUUGUUGUCGCCGCUGGAGGCGUCCUUGGAAUUGGAGCCUCUUUUCUCUGGAUCGCCCAAGGUGGAAUUAUGACCGGCUACCCUCUCCCCAGUCAACAUGGUCGCUCAAUUGGUAUUUUCUGGUUCAUCUUCAACCUCGGCGGCUUUCUGGGCUCCAUUAUAUCCUUUGCCUUGAACUUUCAUUCCACUGCAGGCACCGUGACGGACUCAACUUACAUUGCCUUCAUGUGCAUCAUGGCCGCAGGCUGUUGUUGCGCACUAUUCUUGCUAAAACCCGAGAACGUGAUUCGAGAGGAUGGAACCCGAGCUGGUGUCGCGCAGCGACCGUCCAUCUGGAAGGAGUUUGUGGCCACGGUCAAGAUUUUGGGCCGCUGGGAAACAAUCGCUCUGAUCCCAUUCUGGUUUUCGGCCAACUGUAUGUUUAUCGUGCCCAGUCCGUUUCAUCCAAGUGUCGCAGCUGCUAACAUGUCCCAUCCAGACUUCUACAACUACCAGCAAAACACUGUCAACGGAAAGCUGUUCAAUAUCCGUACGCGUUCUUUCAACGGAGCCAUGUAUUGGCUUGCGCAAAUGGUUUCGAGCUAUUUGUGCGGCAUGCUUCUGGACAACAAGAGGAUGGGGCGCCGAAGCCGGGCGAUAUGGGGCUAUAUGCUCUCUGGGCUCCUCGCACUCGUGAUUUGGGGUGGUGGAUUGGCACUCCAGCUUCGAAGAGGGCCGUCCGGUCACUAUUACAAACUCCGUGAAAUGGACCUGGUUGACUCUGGAACAAAGUAUGCCGGCCCAUUCGUUCUGUACUUUUGCUACGGAGCGUUUGAUGCCAUCUGGCAGACGCUCUGCUAUUGGACAUUGGCAUACCUCGCUGAUGAAUCACCCGAACAGGCCGCUCGAUUUGUUGGUGCAUUCAAGGCUUUCGAGGCUACUGGAAGCGCCAUGGCUUCCAAGAUUAACUCUAGCAGCACCAACUACAAUGUGGAAUUCGGGCUGAAUUGUGGCAUUCUCUUUUUUGGCUGGCUGUGUGCCCUGACUGUGGCCUUUAAAGUGAAGGAUAUGCCAGCGGAAGGCGACCUCGCGCUAGAUGGAAUUGGAAAGGAGGCUGAUAUGAUAGAUCAGAUCGAGGAGAAGGCUUAG